AAAGCAGCAAAGAACGGUAACUCUCUUAAACAAUGGCAGAUAGACUAACACAACUUCAAGAUGCUGUUAAUCAGCUUGCAGAUCAUUUCUGUAAUAGUAUCGGAGUGUUGCAGCAGUGCUCACCUCCCAGCAAAUUUGAUGGCUUUGACAAGCAGCCAGGAAAGUCCCCAUCAGAAAUCCAGCAAGAAGACUAUGCAAUAACAUUUGCAAAACUAAUAGCCAGAACAGCUAAGGACAUUGACACUUUGAUUGACUCCUUACCAAGUGAGGAAUCGUCCCACAAAGUCCAGUUGGAGAGUUUAAGACGUUUGGAGGCAGAGAAUCAAGAAGAGGCUAGAAAACUGGAGGAGGUGGUUAGCCAUGGAGAGGAAUUAUUGGACCGUAUCCAGGAAGCCCUGCGGGAGAUUGCACAAUGUCAGCUGAGGUGUCAGGCCAUGGAGACAGACACCUGAAACUGCAUCAGAUUGUCAGGAUUUGGGUUGAGAACAAUCAGUGCCUGUGUAGGUUCAUGUGUACAUGGUAUUGUUUUAGUCCAAGACGAUUGCAUUUGUCAUGGGAGCAGAAGUGGUUGUAGAAUCUCAGUUGAAGACCUAGUUAUCCUUAACCUGUGAUAACACAAAAUGUGUACAAGAUAAGAAGGACUUAUUUCAAAGUUGUUUGAAACUGAAACUAUUUGAAUUGAUAUUAGGUUUAUAGAGUAAAAAUGAAUGAAUUAAAAAAGAUUUUUGAUGCCAUUGAGUUACUUUGUAACUAAUACAUGUAAGAAAGAAAAAUAUAUGUGGUUAUAUAUUUUUCAACAUUUCUUGUAGUUUACCUUUUAAAUUUUGUGAAAAAGUGCUAUUACAUGUAUUAUAUGUCCAAAUUUUUUUUUAAAGAAUAGCAUUGGGA